UUUACCUUAAAGGAAUCUUAGACUGCAAUACUAUACAUUAAAAUGGACUCGAUGUCAUUUCAUGGUGGCGUUACCUCGACGAUCCUCUUUGAAACAUGGCGAACUACCGAUUGGACUGGCAUGGGUUGGUCUAUGGUGGGAAUUGUUUUAUUAACUAUGAUUUACGAAGGGCUUAAAAGUUAUCGCGAUCAUCUUUUUACCUCUACAGCUUUAGAAAGUAAAAAAAUAAAAAGGACCAGAAGGCAGAUGAUGUUUUCCGUGAUACAUUUAACUCAAGUGAUAUUACAUGUUAGCCAAAUGAUAAUAGGAUAUUUCUUAAUGUUAAUAUUUAUGACAUAUAACGUCUGGUUGUGCAUUGCUAUGGUAAUCGGAACAGGACUCGGUUAUUGGCUUUUCUCUUGGCAAAAAAUAGACAGUGAAAAUUUAGAUUGUUGCUCGUAAUGAAAGAAUAAUUAAUUUUAUAAUUAUAUAAUUAUUUCUACUGUUUUAAUCAUUCUUGUUUUUUUACUAAUAAAUUUUUAUAUCGUAACAUAUAAUGAGAAUAGAAACGUUGAUGAAAGUAAUGAUUACAACGUAAUAAUAAUA